AUGACCCGACCUCAGCCAUUGCCCGGCGCGGACGAGGCGGAGCUCAGGCUCUGGCUGGAGGAGGUCGAUAAGAGCAUGAGCUUCCGGCCCGCGAGCGCCCUUGGCAUGUCGUGCGGCACCGUGACGAUCGAUCCCCAGCAUGCCAUGGUGCUCGUGAUUUGGAACAACCGGCUGAAACUUCACCAGCUCCCGAAGGGCAGAAGAAACCUCAACGAGAGCAUGCUGUCGGCGGCGCUCCGAGAGACAUACGAGGAGACUGGCGUCCGUGUCACACCCCUCCAGCUCGACGUCGCAACCCGGGCAACGCCGCCCAAGAAGGCACACGCCGACACGUCCCAGAAGCCCCCCAACAUCACCGAAGGCCACCCGAGCAACGAGUCGAUCGGGGCAUGCUUAUACCCGGACCCACAGUCGGAAACCGAAGCCCUGAAGAUCGUCUACUUCUUUGCUGCGACGGCCGAGUGCAGCGCCGCCCGGGACUCUGGAACGCAGGAGGAGUGGGAGAAGCUGGACGCCAAAUGGAUUCCGCUCUCUGAAGUGCCGAGCACUCUUCGCUUCGAGGCAGAGGUACGGGCGGUGGCGAAAACGGUGGCAGAUAUGAAAAAGUCGGGAUAUAAGAUCGGGGAAUAA